AUGGCCACAGCCACAUAAACAGAAGGACCCAGUUUGAGAACCCAGUCCUGGAGGCUAAGAGGAGACUCCAGCAGCAGCAGCAGAUGCAAAGCCAGGGUCUGUCCUCACUGCCCCUUCCCACCAUCUACAGAGAGAAGCCGCUGUUCACGCGGGACCCGACUCAGCUGAAAGGCAGUUUCCUGUCCACGGCGCUCCAGAAGAGCAACAUGGGCUUCGGCUUCACCAUCAUCGGGGGCGACGAGCCGGACGAGUUCCUCCAGGUCAAGAGCGUCAUCCCCGACGGGCCGGCCGCCGCCGACGGAAAGAUGGCCACGGGCGACGUCAUCGUCUACAUCAACGACGUGUGCGUCCUGGGCACCACCCACGCCGACGUGGUCAAGCUCUUCCAGUCGGUGCCGAUCGGCCAAAGCGUCACCCUGGUGCUGUGCCGCGGCUACCCGUUGCCCUACGACCCGGAGGACGCCGCCAACAACACCACCACCACCACCAUCAUCUCCCCGCUGGGCAUCAUGGAGCAGCGGCCCGUGGUGGUGAACGGCCGCACGGGCUACGACAACUACCUGGACUACCUCUCCCGCACGGCGCGCUUCGUCGCCGACCCCCCCGGCGCGGACCAGGGGAUCGCCCCCCUGCAGCAGCAGCUGCUCGCCCCUCACCCGGGCGACACCCACCUGGACGGCUCGCUGCCCCCGGCCACCGGCGCCACGCCUCCCGACAGCGUCUCGGUGGCGUCGUCGGGGGCCACGCAGGGGGAGCUGCUGACGCUGACCAUGGUGAAGGGCCCGGAGGGCUUCGGCUUCACCAUCGCGGACAGCGCCGCGGGCCAGCGGGUCAAGCAGGUGCUGGAGCCCCAGGGCUGCCCGGGCCUGUGCGAGGGCGACCUGAUAGUGGAGAUCAACAAGCAGCUGGUGCAGGGCUACGACCACGCCCAGGUGGUGGAGCUGCUCAAGGAGUGUGGCGUGGGCGCGGAGACCAUCCUGGUGGUGCAGAGGGGCGGAGCAGGUCACUAUUCACCCUGGAAGAGCCCCAAGCAGGUGCUGGAGCAGUGGGAGUCCCAGCAGACCAGCCCGUCAGCCCCAGUUAUCCCCCACAACGCCCCCUUCCCAGCACGCCAUCUUCACUGGGCCUCCGAGGCCUCGGCCAAACCAGACCCCUUUGACCUUUAUGAGAAGUCCAGGGCUAUCUAUGAGAGUAGGCAACCUGGCCAACCGAGGACCGUUUAUCCCGUGGACUGCUCAGGAGCGGACUACCAGGACAUGGAGGUGCACCUGCGCAGGCACAAGUCCGGCUUCGGUUUCCGGGUGCUGGGCGGCGACGAGGCGGGUCAGCCUGUGAGUCCGGAGGCGCGUGAGAAGAUACUGAUCGGGGCGAUCAUCGAGAAGAGUCCGGCGGACCUGGACGGGCGCCUGCGGCCCGGUGACGAGCUGCUGUUUGUGGACGGGAUCCCGGUGGUGGGCAAGCCUCACCGCUACGUCAUCGACUUGAUGCACGGGGCGGCGCGUAACGGCCAGGUGAACCUGGUCGUCAGGAGGAGGCUGCAGGCAGCAGGGGAGCCGUGCCCGGAGAACGGACGCAGCCCGGGCGCCGUCUCCACGCAGCACAGCUCCCCGCGCAGCGACUUCACGUACGCCAACAGCACCGGCUCCGCCCAGGCGCCCACGGGCAACGCCGCCGCCGCUCCGGACCGGGCGCCCGCCGCCGACACGCAACCCAGCGACGUCAUCAUCAACCGAAAGGAGAGCGAAGGCUUCGGCUUCGUGAUCAUCAGCUCGCUCAACAGGCCCGAGGCGGCCGCCGCCAACGCCGUGCCGCACAAGAUCGGCCGCAUCAUCGAGGGCAGCCCGGCCGACCGCUGCGGCAGGCUGAAGGUGGGCGACCGCAUCCUGGCGGUGAACGGCCAGUCCAUCGUCAGCAUGCCGCACACCGACAUCGUCAAGCUCAUCAAGGACACCGGCCUCGGCGUCACCCUGAGGAUCGUACCGCAGGAAGAGAUCAGUAACCCCCCGUCGGCCCCCACCUCGGAGAAGCAGAGCCCCCUGGCCCAGCAGCACAGUCCGAAGACCCAGCCGGGCGCCGCCGCCGCCUCGCAGCCCGGCCCGCUGGCCACGGACCCCGACCGGCCCGGCCCGCCGACCCACCAGAGCCCGGCGACCCAGCCGCCCGCCGCCCCGCCCCCGACCCACAGCCACGAGAGCAGGUCAGAGGUGAAGGCGAGGCAGGACGUCAAACCGGACAUCCGCCAGCCGCCGUUCACGGAUUACCGCCAGCCGCCGGUGGAUUACCGGCACCCCCCCGUGGCAGACUACCGCCAGCCGCCCACGUUGGACUACAGGCACCCGCCGCUGCUCGACUACAGGCAGCUCGCCGCCGACACCAGGCAGUUCACGCUGCCGGAUUACCGCAUGCCGCCGGUCCAAAUCGCCACCACUCUGAUGGCGCCGGAUCCCCGCUCGUCUCAGCUGACGCAGGACUUUGACUUCUUCACCGUGGAGCUGGAGAAAAGCGCCAAGGGCUUCGGCUUCAGCAUCCGCGGCGGCCGGGAGUACAAGAUGGACCUGUUCGUCCUCCGGCUGGCCGAGGACGGGCCGGCCCUCCGCAACGGGAGGAUGAGGGUCGGGGACCAGAUCAUCGAGAUCAACGGGCAGAGCACCCAGAACAUGACGCACGGCCGCGCCAUCGAGCUGAUCAAGUCGGGAGGCCGGCGCGUCCGUCUCCUGCUGAAGAGGGGGACGGGGCUGGUCCCGGAGUACGAUAAUGCCGCCCCUUGGGAUGCUCGCCCCUCAGCCUCCCCAGCAGGCCUGUCGGAAGUAGCCCCUCCCAUCGACAGCCUCUCCAUGCCACCGCCCUCAUCUCACCCGGCCCCCGACCCGCCCCGCCUGCCGCCCGCGGACUUCCCCAGAGACCCGGUGGCACGAGAGGGCGGGACGGAGCGUUCCAAGAGCCCCCGGAGGGCCGAGCCGCCGAGAGCGGCUUCGGCCAAGAAGGAGGGUGGCAGGUCCACCCGCGUUGGACGCAGGGUCCAGCCCCCUGCUGAGCGGGAAGUGGGCAGGGAGGGGCCGAGCGGGGAGCCCAAGCCUCCCAGGAGCACCAGGGGGAGGUCCCAGGAGAGGAACACCGGGGGCCACAGAGAAAACGCCGAACCCCCCGGCAGCUCCAAGCUCGCGCACACCAACGGGAACGGCGUCCUCGGCACCCAGCAGCAGCAGCAGGGGGACUCAGAGCUGAGCAGGACCAGGCCCAGGGAGCAGGAGGUGGGGGGGGGCCCGGGGGAGAGCCGGCCCGGCCUGCCCGGCAAGAGCGGCGCGGCCGGCAGGAAGGCCACGGUGUCCCCGGGGCCCUGGAAGAUCCCCGGGUUGGACCGGCUGCCCGGCACGCUGCGCGCCGGCACCUCAACGCUGAGCAGGUAGCACGGCGGCUCCACCCCCCCCACCUUCCUGUGCUCCUCCACACCCCCCAAAGCCCCCACCCUCUCGUUCUCCCACAGACCACAGAGUCAGGACCCGGGGGGAGGGGGAUCAGGGUGACCUGGUCCUCGUGUUUUCAGACUUUUAUUUAUGAUACUGUACUCUAAAUUAUUUUGAGAGAUAUUUUACACCCACCACCUUAAGAACCGGGAGAUCACCCACUUUUUAUUCAAAGUAGUAGGAGAGCAACAAGAAUGUGUGUUGGGCCAGGGGACAUGUAAGGGACACGACCUUUUAGAAAGAACUAUGUUUAGACAUCCCCCCCCCCCCCCGCCUCCUCCUCCGAGCAGCAGUGGGGGACCUCCUUACAUGACAACAGCUGGGAGGAAGCGGGCUGUGGACCAGAGUGAAGAGGGCGUUUCCAUGAAGGUUUGCCUGUUUUCGAGGGGUCGGCCCAGCAGAUCAUUAGAGACACAGAAUUAUUAUGAUGAACAUGUGGGGUCAUUUCUGUACAUAAGAUUUAGUCUUUAAGCCAACAGAACGCGGAUGGUACCCCCGGAGACGGCCCCCUUUUUCUACCCUCCCGCUGGGAGCGGAGCGGGGUGGGGGGGAUGGGGGGGGGGGGGGGGUCUCAAUGGCUGUCACCUCACUCGUGUUUCUUGUCAUUUCUCUGUGCUUGAGGAACGAAGCGGUCGGACGCUGUGAGGAGGUGAUGGCGUCCGAGGGGCAGAGUGCCUUAGACUGACGGCUUAGGAGGGGCCCGAACUGGCUGCUAAACCACUUUACACACACAUACACAUAUAUACAUAUAUAUAUAAAUACACUGUAUUUUUUCAGAUACGAGUGUGAUACAGUGAGACUGCGUGUGGAAUCAAGUCCAUCGACAGAACUAUUGGAGGCCUAAGUGGUUCGUUUUCGAUUGUGAUCUCUCAACGAGGUCCGAAAUCAUUAGUCCCCACCGAGGAUUUCUCAUCCCAACAGGUGGGGUUUUUAAAACGCUUUAAAACCGGAAGUCCGGACCAACCGGCUAAAAUGGACUAAAACAAAAAUCAGCCUUUUCACCCGCGUUGAUCUCCUAUUGCAGGAGGAACUGAUGGAAUAUGAAGAUAAACCUCAGAUCUGUCUGUUUGAUUCUAGAUGACACAAUGAACUUAAUUCAUCCACUCCAAUAGAUAUGCAGGACAGAACCAGCGAGUGGAUCCGGACGGGGGACGAGGGACGGGCUGCAGUUUCUGGUCCACUAAAGCGGUGAUCUGGGGUUUUGGGAACGCUUUAUAAAAAAUUUAAAAAAGCAAUUUAAACUCUUAAAGUGCUGAGCGUUGGCCAGACUCCGGCCUGCUUCCAAAAAAGCUUGACGGGUCUGCAGUGCCUAGCGACCGUUGCUAAGCUGUGAUUGAACACUUGAUGUUCCAGGCGGGGUUUUUUUUUUGUUUAGGACAAACUCAAUUUUGAGGUUUUGAAAAAAAAAAAAAAAAAACUUUUCCACAGCCUCUCUGCAAAUUUAAAGAAAAAUUGUCCGGUAAUCUUUCCGCUGAGCGAGAGAAAAUAAAGAGUAGAACAGGAGUUCCUUCUUCUUCCUCUGCUGAAGGAAAGGAUGCAAACGGUGUUCAAAGGAAGUCAUCAUGUCUGCCAUUGUGAUCCGUAAUUACACCACGAAGGAGUGCAGUCUCUCUCUCUCGGGCGGUUUGGGAGCUAUUAGGUCGGAGGGAACCAUCGGCUCAGACCUCCGGUCACAAAAACACGUCCUCGUGCAUCAUCCGACCCGGAGUUUUUUCUUCAUUUUGUGUUUGAAGCAAAAACACAAAAACAAAAAUGUUUGCACAACUCACUCCUUGCCCAAACGUCCGAGCCGUCUCCAUGCAGCCAAAUUUCAAGUAGUUUGCUCCUGAAAGCCUACCAAAAAAAAAAAAAAAAAGGUGUUGUGUGUGUGUGAAAAUAGCAGCACUAUAAACUCCCACCUGAGCAGCCCAGUCUCACUGUGUAGUGUUAUAGUGUACAGAGCCUGGACAAAAGCUUCUAUUAAUACCACUCUGUGUACUAUUGAUGGUUACAAAGACUGUAAGUGGAGCAACUAUUUUUAUUAAAAUGCAACACUAUGGAUAUAUUAACUUUUGCAAAAAUUGUUUACCUGUAUGAUAUUCUGAAACGCUGUCGAAAUAAAAACAUCUUGACACGACGUGAAAGAUUUGAUUGAGGACGA